GUAUUUAUUCGUUGCCAUAUAUGUAUGUGCAUAUGUACAUAUAUAUGUAUGUAUGGUAACUCCUUUCGACUGCAUGGGYUUUACAGUUUGGGUUUGCCACGGUUAGUAAGAGGCUCGAGCGCAGAAUUGGGCUCGAUCGGGAGAGCUCAUUGGCUCUAGGGGAGCCCAGAUCUGCCUCGGCCGUUAGUCUUAAGAUGUCAUUAAGUCUUUAAUAUUGUAGCAUUGAUCAAACAAUCAGUCAAUCAGUCAACCAUCAAUCAGCCAGUCAAUCAUGACAGUUGACUUUACAUCCAACAAUGCCCAUUGUACAAGUCUCGACAUGCCCGCCCACUAGUUGCAACCAUAGUCUAGACCAGUUCAGUCCUCCACCAUCAAAAGUAGUGUUGAGUAAUGGAAGAUAUACAUAUAUACAUAUAUAUACGAUAUACGAUAUACGUUACAUGAUAUAUAUGUGAUAUAUGACAUGUAGCCCCUACCCCACCCUUGAAAACCCACCCAUUGAUGCGACACAUGCUGCAAUAACUGAAUGUUGAGCUAAGAUGCCACGCCCCCCGCUCCACAAAUGGCCCGUCGGCUUCUGGGGCAAAAUUGUCGGCUCUUUGUGCGUGAUCGCUGGUGUGCUGACAAUCGCACUGCCGGUACCGGUUAUCGUCAGUAAUUUCAAUUACUUCUAUCACCGCGAAACGGAUCAGGAGGAGAUGCAGAGCCAAAAUUUCAACCACGUUACAAGUUGUUCAUAUUUACCUGGUGCACUAGGUCAACAUUUGAAAAAAUCCUCACUAUCCGAAUCGUCAUCGGACAUUAUGGAUUUGGAUGAUGGCAUUGAUGCAACCACGCCAGGUCUGACUGAUCAUACGGGCCGCCACAUGGUGCCAUUUCUGAGAACGCAGCAAUCGUUUGAGAAGCAACAGCUGCAGCUGCAACUGCAGCAGCAGCAGGGACUCCAGCCGGGACAGCAGCAGCAGCUCGGCCAGAACGGCCUGAGGAGCACUAACAGCUUACAGUUAAGGCAUAAUAACGCAAUGGCCGUCAGUAUUGAGACCGACGUCUGACUACUAGUCAAACAAAUGGAAAGCAGACGAAACUUGCGCAGUGAAAUGUUACGUUGGAUGCCAGAAACGUCAUCAAAAGCAGUCUAAUUUAGA